ACCCCGCCCCACUCCCUGUCUAAGGCGUGAGGCUACGAGCGUUCGGUUGUGGCUGCUUCUCUUGACUCCGACGGCUUGUAGUUAUGGGGCAGGAGCCGCGGACGCUGCCGCCCUCCCCCAACUGGUACUGCGCCCGCUGCAGCGAUGCCGUGCCCGGGGGCCUCUUUGGCUUCGCCGCGCGGACCUCCGUCUUCCUUGUCCGCGUGGGCCCGGGCGCAGGCGAGAGUCCUGGGACACCCCCGUUUCGAGUCAUAGGAGAAUUGGUGGGACACACCGAAAGGGUGUCCGGCUUCACAUUUUCUCAUCACCCUGGUCAGUACAACCUCUGUGCCACCAGCUCCGACGAUGGAACUGUGAAAAUAUGGGAUGUAGAGACAAAAACAGUUGUGACAGAACAUGCACUCCAUCAGCAUACAAUAUCAACAUUACACUGGUCUCCUCGAGUAAAGGACUUAAUAGUAUCUGGGGAUGAAAAAGGAGUAGUUUUUUGUUACUGGCUUAACAGAAAUGACAGCCAGCACCUCUUUAUAGAACCCAGGACAAUUUUCUGUCUUACUUGUUCUCCUCAUCAUGAAGAUUUAGUAGCCAUUGGCUACAAGGAUGGCAUAGUGGUGAUAAUUGACAUCAGUAAGAAAGGAGAAGUUAUUCAUAGGCUUCGAGGCCAUGAUGAUGAAAUCCACUCCAUAGCCUGGUGUCCCCUGCCUGGUGAAGAUUGUUUAUCUAUAAACCAAGAGGAAACUUCAGAAGAAGCUGAAAUUACCAAUGAGAAUGCUGUGGCACAAGCUCCAGUAACAAAAGGCUGCUACUUAGCCACUGGAAGCAAAGAUCAAACCAUUCGAAUCUGGAGCUGUUCUAGAGGCCGAGGGGUGAUGAUUUUGAAAUUGCCCUUUCUGAAGAGAAGAGGAGGGGGUAUAGACCCAACUGUUAAAGAGCGCCUUUGGUUGACACUCCAUUGGCCCAGCAAUCAGCCAACACAGCUGGUAUCUAGCUGUUUCGGAGGUGAACUGUUGCAAUGGGAUCUCACUCAAUCUUGGAGACGGAAAUACACCCUCUUCAGUGCCUCAUCAGAAGGGCAAAAUCAUUCAAGAAUUGUGUUUAAUUUAUGUUCUUUACAAACAGAGGAUGACAAACAGCUAUUACUUUCCACAUCAAUGGAUAGAGAUGUAAAAUGCUGGGACAUGGCCACCCUGGAGUGCUGCUGGACCCUGCCUUCCCUUGGUGGGUUUGCAUACAGCCUGGCUUUCUCUUCUGUGGACGUAGGCUCUUUGGCCAUAGGUGUUGGGGAUGGCAUGAUCCGUGUAUGGAAUACACUCUCCAUAAAGAACAACUAUGAUGUGAAACAUUUUUGGCAAGGUGUCAAGUCCAAGGUUACAGCGCUGUGCUGGCACCCAACCAAGGAAGGUUGCUUAGCUUUUGGAACUGAUGAUGGAAAAGUGGGAUUGUAUGACACCUACUCCAACAAGCCUCCACAGAUUUCUAGCACAUAUCAUAAGAAGACUGUAUAUACUUUAGCCUGGGGGCCACCAGUACCCCCCAUGUCACUUGGUAAGUAAGGAGACAGACCUUCCCUUGCUUUGUACAGCUGUGGAGGAGAAGGGAUUGUCUUACAGCAUAACCCCUGGAAGCUUAGUGGAGAAGCCUUUGACAUCAACAAACUCAUCAGGGACACCAAUUCAAUCAAAUACAAAUUGCCUGUACACACAGAGAUAAGUUGGAAAGCAGAUGGCAAAAUCAUGGCUCUUGGCAAUGAAGAUGGAUCAAUAGAAAUAUUUCAGGUUCCCAACCUGAAACUGAUCUGUACUAUCCAACAACAUCACAAGCUUGUGAAUACCAUUAGCUGGCAUCAUGAGCAUGGCAGCCAGCCAGAGCUGAGCUAUCUGAUGGCCUCUGGCUCCAACAAUGCAGUCAUUUAUGUGCACAACCUGAAGACUGUCAUAGAGAGCAGCCCUGAGUCUCCAGUGACCAUUACGGAGCCCUACCGCACCCUCUCGGGGCAUACGGCCAAGAUUACCAGUGUGGCGUGGAGCCCACAUCAUGAUGGAAGGCUGGUAUCUGCUUCCUAUGAUGGUACAGCCCAGGUGUGGGAUGCUCUCCGGGAAGAGCCCCUGUGCAAUUUCCGAGGACAUCGAGGUCGACUGCUUUGUGUGACGUGGUCUCCUUUGGAUCCAGACUGCAUCUAUUCAGGGGCAGAUGACUUUUGUGUGCACAAGUGGCUCACUUGCAUGCAAGAUCAUUCCCGGCCUCCUCAAGGCAAAAAAAGUAUUGAAUUAGAGAAAAAACGGCUCUCUCAACCUAAGUCAAAGCCCAAAAAGAAGAAAAAGCCCACCUUGAGAACUCCUGUAAAGCUGGAAUCGAUUGAUGGAAAUGAAGAAGAGAGCAUGAAGGAGAACUUGGGACCUGUGGAGAAUGGUGUGUCAGACCAAGAAGGGGAGGAGGAAGCACGGGAGCCGGAAUUACCCUGUGGCCUCGCUCCAGCGGUUAUCAGAGAACCAGUUAUCUGCACUCCGGUUUCCUCAGGCUUUGAAAAGUCAAAAGUCACCAUUAAUAACAAAGUCAUUUUACUGAAAAAGGAGCCACCAAAAGAGAAGCCAGAAGCCUUAAUCAAGAAGAGAAAAGCUCGUUCCUUGCUUCCCCUGAGUACAAGCCUGGACCACAGAUCCAAAGAGGAGCUUCAUCAGGACUGUUUGGUACUAGCAACUGCAAAGCACUCCAAAGGCUUUGAAAAGUCAAAAGUCACCAUUAAUAACAAAGUCAUUUUACUGAAAAAGGAGCCACCAAAAGAGAAGCCAGAUAGUGUGUACUUUUAUUACAUUUCAGAAGCCUUAAUCAAGAAGAGAAAAGCUCGUUCCUUGCUUCCCCUGAGUACAAGCCUGGACCACAGAUCCAAAGAGGAGCUUCAUCAGGACUGUUUGACAGGAAAAGGUCACUUAGAAAAUGGCCACCCUGAGUUAUUUCACCAGCUUAUGCUUUGGAAAGGAGAUCUCAAAGGUGUUCUCCAAACCGCAGCGGAAAGAGGGGAGCUGACAGACAACCUUGUGGCUAUGGCACCAGCGGCUGGCUACCAUGUGUGGCUAUGGGCUGUGGAAGCUUUUGCCAAACAGCUGUGUUUUCAGGAUCAGUAUGUCAAGGCUGCUUCUCACCUACUUUCCAUCCACAAAGUGUAUGAAGCUGUGGAGCUGCUCAAGUCAAACCAUUUUUACAGGGAAGCUAUUGCAAUUGCCAAGGCCCGGCUGCGCCCAGAGGACCCAGUCCUGAAGGACUUGUACCUCAGCUGGGGAACCGUCCUAGAAAGAGAUGGCCAUUAUGCUGUCGCAGCCAAAUGCUAUUUAGGGGCCACUUGUGCUUAUGAUGCAGCCAAAGUUUUGGCCAAAAAGGGGGAUGCAGCAUCACUUAGAACGGCUGCAGAGUUGGCUGCCAUCAUAGGAGAGGAUGAGUUGUCUGCUUCCCUGGCGCUCAGAUGUGCCCAAGAGCUGCUGCUAGCCAACAACUGGGUGGGAGCCCAGGAAGCCCUACAGCUGCAUGAAAGUCUACAGGGUCAGAGAUUGGUGUUUUGCCUUCUGGAGCUACUGUCCCGGCAUCUGGAGGAAAAGCGGUUUUCAGAGGGCAAAAGCUCCUCCUCUUACCACACUUGGACCACGGGCACAGAAGGGCCUUUCGUGGAGAGGGUGACUGCAGUGUGGAAGAGCAUCUUCAGCGUUGACACCCCUGAGCAGUAUCACGAAGCCUUUCAGAAGCUGCAGAACAUCAAGUACCCAUCUGCUACAAAUAACACGCCUGCCAAACAGCUCCUGCUUCACAUUUGCCAUGACUUGACCCUGGCAGUGCUGAGCCAGCAGAUGGCCUCCUGGGACGAGGCUGUGCAGGCGCUCCUUCAGGCAGUGGUCCGGAGCUAUGACUCGGGGAGCUUCACCAUCAUGCAGGAAGUGUACUCAGCCUUUCUUCCUGACGGCUGUGACUACCUAAGAGACAAAUUGGGUGACCGUCAAUCCCCUGCCAUGCCAGCUUUCAAAAGUCUGGAGGCCUUUUUUCUUUAUGGGCGUCUGUAUGAAUUCUGGUGGUCUCUCUCUAGGCCUUGCCCAAAUUCCAGUGUCUGGGUAGGGACUGGUCACAGAACACUCUCUGUUGAGCCAAGCCAGCAGUUAGACACUGCCAGCACUCAAGAAACUGACCCUGAAACUUCUCAGCCAGAGCCAAACAGACCCUCGGAACUAGACUUGAGACUCACAGAAGAAGGUGAGCGAAUACUGAGUACUUUUAAGGAGCUCUUUUCAGAAAAGCAUGCCAGUCUCCAAAACUCACAGAGAACUGUUGCUGAAGUCCAAGAGACCUUGGCAGAAAUGAUCCGCCAGCACCAGAGGAGUCAACUCUGUAAAUCCACAGCAAAUGGUCCUGAUAAGAAUGAACUGGAAGUAGAAGCAGAGCAGCCCCUCUCCAGUUCUCAGAGCCAGUGUAAAGAAGAAAAAAAUGAGCCACUUUCUCUGCCUGAAUUAACCAAAAGGCUUACAGAGGCAAAUGAGAGAAUGGCGAAAUUUCCUGAGAGCAUUAAGGCCUGGCCCUUCCCAGAUGUACUGGAGUGCUGCCUCGUCCUGCUUCUCAUCAGGUCCCACUUUCCUGGGUGUCUGGCCCAGGAAAUGCAACAGCAGGCCCUAGAGCUCCUUCAGAAAUACGGCAACACGAAAACUUACAAAAGACACUGCCAGACCUUCUGCACGUGAAUUUUUACACACCUUGAAGUAACUGCCAAAUUGAAAAUGUUUGACACCUUUCACCUCUGCAGUUCCACCUCACCAGACAUUCACUCUGGUCCCUAGCUGUUUUUGCAGUAAUCCAAAUGAAUACAAACGAGGAUUAAGUUUGAAUCAACCCUGCCUACCCACAGACACAGUGGAUCUGACUUUAGACUCAACUGUGGUCUCCUGCUGGAGGGAAGAUCAUGUAAAGCCCGCAGUAGUUAUUCAGAACUAAUACCUGCAGAGUGUUGGUCAUCUCUACAGCCUUAGGCAGGUUUCAUCCAAAGAGGAGAAACUUCUGUCAUCACCCAAAGUGUUACAUGCUUAAAACACAAGCUACCUUUAUAAAUACUUCAUCUGAUCAGAAAUGUGUCAUGCUUGUUUGAGAUGGAGUUGCUGCAUUUUAGGACUAUUGAUACUUUUUUAAAAUUGUUUUUAUAAUAUUUAAUUUGAAAGCGGAGACCCUUCUCUGUCUCCUCUUUCAUAGAUUGAAGUUUGAAUUUGAAAUAGGCCUUAACCAUCAUGUUGACUCUCCUGUCAGAAUUUUAGGUUGGAAAUUUGGUUUUAUUCUUUUAUGUAAUUGCUUAUUUGAACAGAUCAUUUACUAAAGCUUUAGAAGAAGUGAUUCAAAUGUGUGUUUUCCCUUCAGUUUUAUAACAAAUGGAUCGAUGGCAGUCAAAUAGCUCAGGAAUAUAUUACUGUUCCAAUGGUUUUUAAA